AUGAACAUCAUCAAGUUACAGAGAAAGUUUCCUGUUUUGACACAGGAAGAUAUCUUCCAGACCGUUGAAAAGUUUCGGGAAAUCGACGUUGAAGACAAUGGAUGGGUAGAAAAGGGUCAAUUGCUAGCAGCAGUAUCGAAGUCCGGGGAGGCUUCUUACGAUGAGGCUAGAGAGACUCUCAAACAGGUCGGGGUGGAUGCCUCGGGUCGUGUAGAGUUGGACGACUACGUUGAGCUCAUUGCUAAGCUCAAGGAUACAAAGAUUGGGCCUCCUCCAACCACCAGUUUUCAGACCGCUUCAGCUCCCGUAAACGUUGCCGUAACACCAGUGCGUACCGGAUUACAGCACACGGGAACCGGAGCACAGGCCAAGAUUAUCGUUGGUGGCUCCACUACAGGCAGUCAACACACCAUCAAUGAAGAAGAAAGGACAGAAUUCACAAAACACAUUAACAGUGUCUUGGCUGGGGACUCCGAUAUCGGGUACAAGCUGCCCUUCGCUACUGACACUUUCCAGCUGUUUGACGAAUGUAGAGACGGUCUGGUUUUGUCGAAAUUGAUCAAUGACUCGGUGCCAGACACUAUUGACACAAGAGUUUUGAACUGGCCUAAAAACGGCAAACGUCUCAACAACUUUACCGCGAGCGAAAACGCCAACAUUGUUAUCAACUCUGCCAAGGCUAUUGGAUGUGUCGUUGUGAACGUGCAUUCAGAGGAUAUCAUUGAGGGUAAAGAACACCUUAUUUUGGGUCUUAUUUGGCAAAUUAUCCGCAGAGGUCUAUUGAGCAAAAUCGAUAUCAAGCAUCACCCAGAACUGUACCGUUUGCUAGAAGACGACGAGACCCUUGAGCAAUUUUUGAGGCUUCCUCCCGAGCAAAUCUUGCUCCGCUGGUUCAAUUACCAUUUAAAGCAGGCUGGUUGGGAGAGAAGGGUUAGCAAUUUCUCCAAAGAUGUGGCUGACGGUGAGAACUACACCAUUCUUUUGAACCAGUUGGCCCCAGAAUCGUGUUCGCGCGCUCCUUUACAAACCUCCGAUCUAUUACAAAGGGCGGAGCAAGUUUUGCAGAACGCCGAAAAGUUGGAUUGCAGAAAAUACUUAACCCCUAGUUCUUUGGUGGCUGGCAAUCCAAAGCUAAACUUGGCGUUUGUUGCACAUUUGUUCAACACACAUCCUGGAUUGCAGCCCAUCGAAGAGUCUGAAAAGCCAGAAAUUGAAGAAUUUGAUGCCGAAGGCGAAAGAGAGGCAAGGGUUUUCACUUUGUGGCUCAAUUCGUUAGACGUCGAUCCUCCUGUGGUAUCGCUGUUCGAAGACUUGAAAGACGGUUUGGUCUUGUUACAGGCUUACGAUAAAGUGAUGCCUAGUGCUGUGGACCAGAAAAAUGUCAAUAAACGUCCUGCUUCAGGAAAUGAGCUCUCUAGAUUUAAGGCUCUAGAAAAUACCAAUUACGCUGUGGAUUUAGGUAAAUCUCGUGGAUUCUCACUGGUAGGUAUUGAAGGUUCAGACAUCGUCGACGGUAAUAAGCUUCUCACCCUCGGCCUAGUAUGGCAAUUGAUGAGGAGAAACAUUGUCAACACGAUGAAAACUCUGGCCACCAAUGGCAAAGAGCUCAGCGAUUCCCAGAUUCUGAAAUGGGCUCAAGAACAAGUCACGAAGGGUGGGAAAACCUCACAUGUCAGAUCUUUCAGCGAUUCUGCUUUGUCCAGUGGUCAUUUCCUCUUGGACGUGUUGAAUGGGAUUGCGCCUGGUUAUGUUGAUUAUGAUCUAGUGACUGCUGGUUCUACGGAAGAAGAUAGAUACGCCAACGCUAGAUUGGCUAUCUCUAUUGCGAGAAAGUUGGGUGCUCUAAUUUGGCUAGUUCCGGAGGACAUCAACGAGGUCCGUUCGAGGUUGAUUUUAACGUUCGUCGCUUCGCUGAUGGCCUUGAAGCAAUGA